AACCAUUCAUUUCCUUUAUAAGAACAGAACAAGUUGUUCUUAUCAUCUUUAACACAUCAGACAUCAACAUCUUCUUCAAAGAAAAUCUAAGCUAUGCCGAGUAAAGAACGCUGCCAAUGCUAUCUAGGAUUGUUACUAACUCCAUGUAUAAUAGGUUUAGUAGUUUGGCUUACUAUCCGUUCUUCUCCACCCGGUUUUUCCAUUCACAAAUUUACAGUUCCCGCACUUAACCAAACCUCAUUAGAUUUCAAAAAUUCAAAAACCAUCAAUGCAACCAUAUCUUUUGAAGCAAAACUGAAGAAUGAGAACAAAGAAAAGGGUAUUUAUUAUGAUGCUCUUAACCUUACAUUAUUUUAUUACUACGAAAAAAACUUGAGUUUUUUGCCUAUUGGAAAUCUUUUAUUACCUCCGUUCUAUCAAGGUCGUGAAAAAACAGCUACACGUAGAAACUCCACUCAGAUUCAUGGAGUUCCUUGGGACUAUGCUAGAAUGAAGGCUUCUGAAGGAAAUAAGAGUAAGGCGCCGGCGUUGUUUCGAGUAAAUUUGGAGACGAAAGUCAGAUAUAAGAGUCUGUUGUGGAAAUCUAAGAGACAUAAGAUUAGUGAAUCAGUUAACAUUACUGUUAAUGAACACGGUAAAUCUUGUGCAAAUUCUUUGCAUUUCAAUUAUUUAUUACUGAGUAAUCAAGUGACUAGUACUAUAGUAGGAAUGAUUUUAAGUUCAAGUAUCAUGCUUUUGUUGUAAUUUUGUGGAGAUUUUUUUUUCUUUUUGGAGUGUUUGAUCUUUAUUCUUCUUUGUAGGAGCACUAGUUUUUAUUUUCUACUUUAUUCUAUGAAAAAAGAAAUGGUUCUAUAUCUGUUUAUUGAAGUUGUCAAUCUUCUAAUUUGGGUAA